AUGGAAUCUUCUUCUCCGGCACGGAACCCCAAUCACCCUGGAGAAGGAGAUCUGCAGCAGCGGUACCAGAACGUCGUCGUAAUGCGGCACGGCGACCGGAUGGACAACUUCGACGAGAACUGGACCAAGACCGCCGCCAGGCCCUGGGACCCGCCGCUCGUCGACGCCGGCCUCGCCAGGGCCUUCGACACCGGCCGCCACUUACGGGCUAGUCUCGAUUUCCCCAUCCACCGCGUCUUCGUCUCCCCGUUUCUCCGCUGCGUCCAAACCGCCGCGCAGGCUGUGACAGCGCUCUGCUCCGCUGAUUCCUCCUCGAUCCAUUUUCUGAUUACAGGUGGGGGGAACGAUACAAAUACGUUACAGGUGGCCAUUGAGUUUGGAUUGUGCGAGAUGCUGAACACGGAGGCCAUUAAACCCGAAUGCGCUCCUCCAAGCGGAGAUUUUGCCUUCAAUAUCCCGGAGCUGGAGGCAUUGCUACCAGCCGGGACAGUGGAUCACACCGUCAAACGGGUAUAUGAAGAGAUGCCCCAAUGGGGAGAAUCAGUCGCGGCUGCCAGAACUAGAUACACUGAAAUCAUCAAGGCUCUUGCUGAUAAGUACCCUGCUGAAAACUUGCUGCUUGUAUCUCACGGGGAAGGAGUUGGAGUCUCGUUCUCUGCAUUUUCAGUUGAUAAGACUGUUUAUGAAGUACAGUACUGUGGCCAUACCGAGUUAAGGAGGCCGGCCCGAGGGGGAGAGUUUGAGGUGAAGGGAUACAAUGGCAUCCGUUACUGCUCUACAAGGACUUAAAAAAAGAAAAGAAUCAGAACCAACCGGGGCUGCAGAUAGAUAUAUUGGUGCAUUUGAGCUGAGUGACCUCAUCAUCUGGAGUUUCAUUUUUGUGAGCAGGACUAACUCUACUACAGUCGGGUCAGUCUUACCUCACCCAUUUAUAAUUUGCUUGAACUAUGCAAGUUGGACGACAUACUGGGAAAUUGGUGUUUCUUUCUAUUUUCCCUUGUUCAUUU